AUGCUUCCGGCCCAAGAGGCUGCUAAGAUCUAUCACACUAAUUACGUGAGGAAUUCCAGAGCAAUUGGUGUUCUCUGGGCGAUCUUCACCAUUUGUUUUGCAAUUAUAACUGUGGUCAUUUUUAUCCAGCCCUACUGGAUUGGGGACAGCAUCAAUACUCCCCAAGCUGGCUACUUUGGACUGUUUCAUUACUGUAUCGGGAACGGACUGACCAGGGAGCUAAUCUGCAAAGGAAGUGCCCUGGAUUUCGGCUCUAUCCCUUCAGGAGCUUUCAAAACUGCCAUGUUCUUCGUUGGCAUCUCCAUGCUUCUGAUCAUCGGCUGCCUCGUUUGCUUCAGUCUCUUUUUCUUUUGUAACUCAGCCACUGUCUAUAAAGUCUGCGCUUGGAUGCAACUUGCCUCAGCAACUGGCCUCAUAAUGGGAUGCAUGAUUUACCCUGAUGGCUGGGAUUCAGAUGCAGUCAAACAAAUGUGUGGGAACAAAACUGACAAGUACACUUUGGGAGCAUGCUCCGUUCGCUGGGCCUACAUCUUAGCCAUAAUUGGGAUCCUGGAUGCUCUCAUUCUGUCCUUCUUGGCUUUUGUGCUUGGCAACAGGCAGGACAGCCUUCUUCCUGAAGACUUUAAGGUAGAAAAUAAAGAGGUGGACAAUGCCUAAGGAGGACAUCAACAUUAUCAAUUAUGAGCUGUUCCGUAUGCUCAUGGUAUUAAAGAAAUUCCACAAAACACUGAACCAAGGAAUCUCCAGUAUUUUCCUCAGCAGCUAAAACAAACUAUUGCAGGUUCACAAAAGGAUCACCGAAUACCGUAGUCUGUCCCAUGGAAGCACAUUCAAGUUAUAGUAGUUGAAAUUGUUUUAUUCCAUUGGAAGUAAGUGUCACAUGGCUGUAAAAGUCAGAAGACUGAUGUAUUGCCACUGUAUUGAUCCAAAAGAACUUCGUUAUAAAGAUCACAAACAUCAUCUUUGGUUCAAAUCCCGUGAAAUGUGUCACUGUACCACUAUGUUGUACUCAAUGUACGUACUUCAAACUUUGAAAUAGUUGAGUAAUUGAUAAAUCCUAACCUUGUGAAGAAAAUAAAUCUAGUUACAGUCUGAAUGUUUCAAUGUAUAGGAAAUGCUUCAAGUGUGAAGAAUUAAUGCAUGCUUUGAAUUCCCCCAUUACACAAUUUAAGUAUAAACCAGUUAUCAACAGGAAUGAGACUAGUUCUUUGAAAUCAGUUCACAGCUGCUGUGACGAACAUUUGCUUUAAGAUCAAAGCUCUUCUACACCACACAAUUAUUAAAACCAGAAAAUCAAAACUAGAGUUCAAACGAGUCUGUUUGCUGCAGCAGUGUGUAAUAAUCAAUAGAAAAUCAAAAUACAGUAAAACUUCAAUAAUCUGCUAUUCAACCAUUUGGAAAUCCCAAUAUAUUUGCCCUGCUUAUCAGGCUCCCUUUA